UAUUGAUCAUUCAAAUAGUGGAACCCGCCGGGAAUAAAGUAGUAUAUACAUUUCAAAAUUCAUUCUUUACAUGUGACAAAAAAAAAUAGUACUAUAAAUACAACAUGGAGGCCAAAAACAUAUAUCUCAUCAAUGAUAUGAAAAAAAUGGUCAAAUCAUCAAGGUUUGAUAAAGCAACACUCGUGAUUACACAAUGUCUAACUCUGGCAUUUUUUCUUCGAUUCAAUUUCAUUAGUAGUUUGCCUCACCCUUUAGACCCUCUUUCUCCUAUUGAAAUAAACAAAACAAGACACAUAGUUCAAAAGUCUUACCUUGGUGCUAUUCCUAAUAUUACCUAUCAUUUUGUGGAUGUUGAAGAACCAAACAAAAACAACGUCCUAAAGUGGUUGUCUUCAACUACAAAAGAAAAAAAGCAUAUUAUUCCUAGACAAGCCAAAGUAGUUGUUAGAGCCCAAGGUGAGACUCAUGAGCUUGUUGUGGACUUAACAAAAAGUUCAAUUGUAUCAGAUAAAAUCUACAAAGGUCAUGGUUACCCUCCUUUUACAUUCAAUGAGCUUUUUCUAGCUAGCAAAUUGCCCCUUAAAUUUUCAAAUUUCAAAGAGUCAAUUACCAAAAGGGGUUUGAAUUUGUCUCAAGUUUCUUGUGUACCAUUCACAGUUGGUUGGUAUGGUGAACAAAUUACAAAAAGAGCCCUCAAAGUGUCAUGCUUCUAUAGAGGUGAAUCAAUAAAUAUUUGGGCAAGGCCUAUUGAAGGAAUCACUUUACUAGUUGAUGUUGAUUCAAUGAAAAUUACUAUGUACAAUGAUAGGUAUAGGGUCCCUAUGCCUAAAGCUGAAGGUACAAAUUUUCAAUCUUCAAAUAGUAACAAGGCUAAAAUAUUUGAUACAUGUAACAUAUCAGAUAUUGGGUUCAAUAUUAAAGGCCAUGAAGUGAAAUGGGCUAAUUGGGCUUUUCAUGUUGGGUUUAAUGCAAGAGCAGGAAUGAUCAUAUCAACUGCUUCAAUAUUUGAUGAUAAAAAAAACAAGUAUAGGAGAGUGAUGUAUAGGGGUCAUGUGUCUGAGACAUUUGUUCCUUAUAUGGAUCCUACAAAUGAAUGGUAUUUUAGGACUUUUAUGGAUGCAGGGGAAUUUGGGUUUGGGCGUGCAGCUGAUAGCUUGCAGCCCAAGGUUGAUUGUCCUAAUAAUGCUGUGUAUAUGGAUGGUUAUAUGGCUGGACCUAAUGGAGAAGUCCAACAGGUACCAAGGGCUAUUUGUAUUUUUGAGAGGCGUUCUGGUAAUGUGGCUUGGAGACAUAUGGAAAUCAACAAUCCCACAAAAUUGAUAAGAGAUGGAGAGGCUGAAAUUACUUUGGUGGUGAGAAUGAUUGCUACUGUGGGUAACUAUGAUUAUGUUCUUGAUUGGGAAUUCCUGAAAAGUGGCAGCAUAAAAGUUGGGGUGGCUUUAACAGGUGUAUUGGAAAUGAAAGCAGUCCCAUAUAGACAUAACAGUGAAAUAAGGGAAAAAGUAUUUGGAACCUUAGUGGCAGAAAACACCAUAGCCAAUUAUCAUGAUCACCAUGUAACAUAUUAUCUUGACCUUGACAUUGAUGAUAAUGCAAACUCUUUCAUCAAUGCCAAGCUGCAAAAGGCCACAGCAAGUGGCUUUGGAACACCAAGGAAGAGUUAUUGGACUGUUCUUAGAGAAGCUGCCAAAAAGGAAGCUGAGGCUAGAAUCCGACUCGGCUUGGAGCCAGCUGAGCUGUUAAUAGUUAAUCCUAAUAAAAUGACAAAGUUGGGAAACCAAGUGGGUUACCGGUUAAUUAGUGGACAGCCGGUUACUUCUCUGUUGUCUGAUGAUGAUUAUCCACAAACAAGAGCUUCUUAUACAAAGUAUCAGUUAUGGGUUACUCCCUAUAACAAGUCACAGAGAUGGGCUGGAGGGUUCUAUGCUGAUAGGAGCCGUGGAGAUGAUAGCUUAGCCGUUUGGAGCCAGAGGAACAGAGAGAUUGAAAAUAGAGACAUAGUUCUGUGGCACACAAUUGGGAUCCAUCAUGCUCCUUAUCAAGAAGAUUUUCCAGUAAUGCCGACAGUUCAAGGUGGAUUUGAACUCAGGCCAGCUAACUUUUUCGAAAGCAAUCCAUUGCUUGAAGCAUAAAAUAGAGCUCAAUGCAAGCAAGCAUAUGAUCAACUAAUUAACCAAACUAUGCAUUAUUUUAAGAUAUACAACAAAAUGAUAGGUUGUGUUUAGAUUAUUAUUCUUUUAAUAUUAUUAAACGCAGACAUGUUGUAUUUAAUAUUGCCCUUUUCCUUAUCCUAAAAGAUUCACAUUUGUUUGGGAUAAUAAUCAAAAAAGUUGAAGUGAUUGAAUGUGCUA